CCCCACGUGACUGGAAGAUGCUCGCAGCAGGAGCGUUUAAAAAAAAGAGAGAGGCCCGCCUCCUCCUCUUCCCUCUCCCUCCCCGCCCGGAGGAUCGGCAAGGGCGGGGCCAAACCCGGAAGAGGCAGGACCAGAGCCAGUUUUUGGAGAGGCAGAAGAAAUAAGAAGAGGAGGGGGAGCGAGGGGAGGAGGAGCUGCAGCCUCAAGCCGGCGCUGGAAACAACUAACUAAGGUGGUUUAAUUCUCACCCCCCUUCUCCAAGUGUAGCUGGGACCAGAAGUCCAGGUGUAUAAUUAUCUGUCCCCGCAUAUGUGACCGGGACCCAGGCGUUCGGGUAUCUACUUUUCUUCCUCCCCCCCUACAUCUGUGGCUAGAACCCAGGCGUCCGGGUGUCUAAUUAUCCGCGCCUCCUCUUUCGUUUUGGUUGGGACACAGGGGUCCAGGGGUCUAAUUAUCUCCCCACCCACCUAGUUGUGUGUAAGUAGCUUUCUGACCUCCUUUACCCACUUCGGCUGCUGUGUUUGGAACCCAGGUCCCCUUCCUUACACACGCACACCUGCUUUCGAAUGAAACCUCGGGGUGCAUGGCUUACUUCUCCUCAACCUGUCGUCCGUCAAAUAUUUAGGCAGUGGGAACUCUCCCCUCCCCCUCCUCCCCGCAAAAAACAAUAUGGGAUGCAAUUCAGAAGUGCAGAAACUUGCCUUAAUCCCCUUGUUUCUGGUGCAUAUUUAAAUCAAUACCCCCUCCCCACAUACAAAAUGCCUUCUUUUUCACUAUCGGUUUUAUUGGCUGGGAAGUGCUAGAAGGUCUUGCCUUUGCUACCCUAAGCUGUGACCUGGUGUGUUAAGUAUCUUUUUUAAAAAACAAGAAGAUGAUUUAGCUAGAAUUGAAACUGGGCUAAUUUUUUGCCUGGAGUAAACCCAUUGAAAUCCAUGUGCUUAACUUGGUCAUGUGCACUCAUUUCGGUGUGGCUACUCUGAGUAGGACUAAUAUUGGAUGGGACCAGAUGUUGGGUGUUGGUGUGUGAUAUAGUGUGCACCUAGUUGGGAAAAGCGCGCACCUUGGGUGGUUUCAAAAGAGGGUUAUCAGGGCUAUCGCAAUGUUCAUGUGCUGCCUCCACUGUCUUCAAAUACCAGUUGCUGGGAGUCGCUGUUGAACUCGGGUCCUGCCUGCAAGCUUCCCACUGGGGCACCUGGUUGGCUGCUGUGAGUAGAAGAUGCCGGACUAGUUGGGCUUUUGGCUUGAUUCAGCAGGGUUCCUCUUCUGUUCUUUUGCUUAUCAAAAUACCUUAAUUGGAGCUUAGUCUGUAUAGCUGAAACUCUGGAACUGGGAGAGAUACCGGUAUAUCUAUCUAGUAACUAGAUAGAUAGGAGCAGAAUGAAGUGGAUCAGUGAGGGUUUCUGAUUCUCAGUAGUUUAAUAGCAAGUUUUAUGUAUAUCUGAACCUUGGUGUUCCCCAAAUAUUAAUGGGACUUUAUAUACUUGAGUGCUGUGACAAAGCUGCUGUUUAAAACCCCCGGUAUAGAAAUUAUCUGUCACUACUGGCCUCUGUUUAUCUUUCAACCUCCACGUUCCUUACUUGUAUAAAUGUGAGUACUGCAAUAAUUACCGUAGUUGUCUUUGAUAAAGUCUUUCUGAUCUUUUUUGUGCUACUGGUAUCUUCAGAGAUCUGGAUUAUUUAGGGAAAGACUUGUUUGUUAAAAAAAAAUUUAGCGUGUGAUCUUGACUGUGCAAUGAAUGUUUCAUAUCUAUAGGGAGGCUAUAAUUAUAGUGUGCGUGCUGGCUUCCUGAUUAGGAUUUCUAUAUUCUAUUAGGAAAUGUGCCCUGUAACCUGCUAAGGACUGCGUUCUGGUUGUACUUGUAUAUUGGUGAUUUCUUCACCAUUCCUGGGUGUUGCUUUGACUAUAAUUUGGAAGAACAGCAGGUAGAAAAAUAAAUUUGAUUGUGGCUGGCUGGCUGCGUUUUAAAGUUUUGUGUUGGAAUCCUUGGUCCAGAAUAACGUAAAUAUAAUUUGUUUCUGAAUAUGCUGGUUAUCCCAAUGGUGUUGCUUACUGGGGUGCAGUAGCUAACGACCUCAAGCUCCAGAACCAGCACUUUAUAUCCAGUUCUUACUCAACUCUCCAAGCAGCUAUUUGCACCUGACUCUAUUUGAUAGAUCAAAGAGUAGCAGUAAGGGAAAUAAGUAGCUCAUAGAAGCUGAAAGUUUGGGCUUUACUGCCUUAGAAGCUUGCCCUUUUUUCUUUAGCCACCUCCUUCUCUUUAAGUUCUGUAAACACUGGUUCUGUUCUGCAUUGAGGUCUAGUUCUCACUGAAAUGUCGGCUUGUGUCUGAGCUGUCGCUCUUCAUCCUGCAGUAGGCAGCUUCCUUUUGAAUGUAUAUCCCUGCAUGUAGAAAGUUAUCAUGUUAAGGAAAUAGUUUUACCUCAGCUUUCUAGUUUUCUGUGUGCAGGGAUAUUUUACUUUUGGGAAGAGUAUGGGCCUUUUUCUUUGCAUGCGGUUGGGGGUAGUCUGAAGUCGUGCAACCCUGAUAUAUACCGUAUUUUUCGCUCUAUAAGACGCACCUAGUUUUUGGAGGAGGAAAACAAGAAAAAAAAUAAUCUGAAUCUCAGAAGCCAGAACAGCAAGAGGGAUCGCUGUGCAGUGAAAGCAGCAAUUCCUCUUGCUGUUCUGGCUUCUGGGAUAGCGGCGCAGCCUGCAUUCGCUCCAUAAGACGCACACACAUUUCCCCUUACUUUUUAGGAGGGAAAAAGUGAGUCUUAUUGAGCAAAAAAUACGGUAAUUUUUGAAGAAUUAGGUCAGGACAUGGAAAGCAUUGAAACAGAAUUGUAGAGUUGGACCGGACUACAAGGCCCAUCUAUCCAACCCACUGCAAUACAAUGGUACCUCGGGUUACAAACUUAAUUCAUUCCUGAAGUCCGUUCUUAACCCGAAACGUUCUUAACCCGAGGCACCCAUUCCCUACAUAGGCCUCCCGCGGCCCCGGAAGCGGAUUACGUUCAUAUCCCGGGGCAAAGUUCGCAACCCGGAGCACCUACUUCUGGGUUUGCGGAGUUUGUAACCCAAAGCGUUCAUAAGUAUGACGGUUCGUAACCCGAGGUACCGCUGUACAGGAAUCUUUUGCCCAAUGUGGGGCUUGAACCCACGACCCUGAAAUGCUCUACCCACUACCAAAUGCCUCAUGCUCUACCAAAUGAGCUGGCGGUUCCCUCACUGUGAGAAGUGAAGUUACAGAGAAGCAGGCAGAGGGCCUUCUCAGUAGUUGCACCCUUCCAUCUUAUGUCAAACAAAAAAACAACUAUAUGACUUUUAGGGAAGUUUUUAAUAUUUGAUGUUUUAUUAUGCUUUUAUAUGUGCUGGAAGCUGCCCAGGGUGGCUGGGGAAACCCAGCCAGAUGGGCAGGGUAUAAAUAAUAAACAUUAUUAUUAUUUGCAAUAAAUCUCUGCUAUGCAGUGAUGAAGGUAAGUGGUGGGCAAGGGAUCAGAGAUGCUGGUGUCCAUUGUGAUUAUUGCUGUGACCUGCAAUUGAAAAACAAGACACGUUUAUGAAAUAAUAAUUAGUCCAGAGGAGGAAUUCAGGUGUUCCAAUUCCUACAUCCCAUCCCUUUUCCCUGUUUGCUGUCUACGCCUUUGGUCUCUCCCAGAAGUUUGAUACUCCUUGCUUGACCUUCUACAUUUCCUCUGGAUCCUCUAACUCUCUCCAUCAACAGGCUCCUUCCCUCUUCUGUUCACGCUUCUUUAAAAUUCACCCCAAUUCUGUUCCCCGCAAAAUCUGGUUUCUCUGUGCUGAGAUUUUCUCUGACCUUGGAUUUGUCAUCUUUAUUUCCCCUUUCUCCAGGCACCUUCCCGCCCAUGAUGGCGCUGAGCCUGCCGAGUUCCUGAUUCCCACGAGGACGGUGUGCUGUGUUAGGCAGCCCCACCAUCCGCCAUGUGCUGGAGUCACUGACCCCCAGGCCGCCCCGUCUUUCUCAUGGAUAUAAAGAGCCUGCAGAAAGCCAAGCGACGCAAACAGGGCAGCAUGCGAAGCAGGAGCCAGAAUCUAUUCCCUGAGUAGGAGGCCUGGUUGCCAUCCAGCUGGGAACAAGGGGAAACUUUUUACUAUUAUUAUUUUUACUAGCCGCCUCAUUGCCUGAGGAUCUGCUGUUACAUUCCUGGUUUUUCUCCCAGUUGCCGUUGAAGGCAUCGAAGCUGCUCCGUGCAUUGACUCCUGCCGGUUUGACGACUUCGUUCCGCUGGAUCCCUCUCUGUUGCCUUCUCCUCCCGGCGCCAUGGCGGGCAGCACCGGACCCUUCCUGCCAUGGGCGCAGGAAGUGGCGAUGCUGUUGAUGCUCCGUGUGCGCCGGACCGUCCUGCAGACGGCCAUUUUGCUCUGCGUCUUGUUGCUUCUCCUCUGGAUCUCAGUCUUCCUCUAUGGCAGCUUCUACUACUCCUAUAUGCCUACGGUCAGCUACGUCAGCCCCGUCCACUACAAGUUCAGGUCAGUUUUGAGUUGGUUUCCGUGUAGUGGUUAAGAGCUGUGGACUCAUAAUCUGGUGAACUGGGUUCGCUUCCCUGCUCCUCCACAUGCAGCUGCUGGGUGACCUUGGGCUAGUCACACUUCUCUGAAGUCUCUCAGCCCCACUCACCUCACAGAGUGUUUGUUGUGGGGGAGGAAGGGAAAGGAGAAUGUUAGCCGCUUUGAGACUCCUUCGGGUAGUGAUAAAGCGGGAUAUCAAAUCCAAAUCUUCUUCUUCUUCUUCCAUUGCAGUCCUCUUUUGGGCCCUCCACCAAGUUAGGUGGGGUGGGGGUCUUUUCUGUGGUGGCACCUCGGCUCCAGAACAGCCUUCCUGAGAAGCUCCUCCUGCCACCAUCGCUGGUGUCUUUCAAGUGCCAGGCUACAACUGUCUUAGUUUACCUGAGCUUUUUAACUAAGUGUAACUUUUAUGCAAGGCGUUGUUUACCAGGUGGAAGAAAUCAUAAAAAUAGACAUUUAGCUGACCCUUUAAAAUUCAUGCAAGGGUAAACAAGUUGGCUCUGAAGUGAGGUCCAGCACCAAGAGCCUUCUGGCGGUUCCCUCACUGCGAGAAGCCAAGUUACAGGGAACCAGGCAGAGGGCCUUCUCAGUAGUGGCGCCCGCCCUGUGGAACGCCCUCCCACCAGAUGUCAAAGAGAACAACAACUACCAAACUUUUAGAAGACAUCUGAAGGCAGCCCUGUUUAGGGAAGCUUUUAAUGUUUGAUGUAUUUUAAUAUUUGGCUGGAAGCCGCCCAGAGUGGCUGGGGAAGCCCAGCCAGAUGGGUGGGGUAUAAAUAAUAUAUUAUUAUUAUAUAUUUAUUUAUAAGCCGCUGCUGUUGGAUGAUGUGCACACAAUAUGUCAUAGCAGUAGACUUGCUCUAGUGCAAUGGUUUUCAAUCAGGGUGCCGUGGCACCUUGGGGUGCCUUGAAUGGUGGUCAGGUGUGCCAGGGGCAGCACUGGCCUCUGUCCCUCUUUCCUUCCCUCCCUCCCUCUGAUGCUCUCUCACAUCUCUACCUCCAGAGGCUUGUUCAGCUGUUUGUUGCAGCAGCCCUGGCUACAAGCUCCGCAGGCGAAUGGUGCCUCUGGGGCCGGCUGAGGGGUGUUGGUUACCGGGAGGUCAGUGGCCUCGGAGUAAGUAAGCGAGUGGGCAAGGAUUCCUGAGGAGAGGGGAGAGGGGAGAGGAGGUUGAGGGAACCCUCCACAAGGGAGGGUGUCCACAGAAAGGGUGAGGGCUCAUGGCUCAGCAGGCAAGGGUCAACAUAACUGAGCUCCUGAGACUCGGGGCGCAUUUCCCCAAAGGAGAGCCACAGAAAGAAUAUACAGUGGUACCUCGGGUUACAUACGCUUCAGGUUACAGACUCCGUUAACCCAGAAAUAGUGCUGCAGGUUAAGAACUUUGCUUCAGGAUGAGAACAGAAAUCGGGCUCCGGUGGCGCGGCAGCAGCAGGAGGCCCCAUUAGCUAAAGUGGUGCUUCAGGCUAAGAACAGUUUCAGGUUAAGAACAGACCUCCACAACGAAUUAAGUACUUAACCUGAGGUACCACUGUACAUGGUCAAGGGAGCCAUGGACUCAAAAAGGUUGAAAACCUCUGCUCUAGUAUAUCAGUUUCCAGAAGAGUAGCUCUAUUCGUCUUUGCUGCAAAAGACUAAAGGCAAAUCUUAGGAACACAGGAAGAUGGGCUCAUUUGAGGCAAGGUUGAAGAACGCUGGUUUGCUUCAUCAGAUGAUGGUGCUACUUCCUCCCAAACUUUUUGGCAUCAGUGUUGCUGGGGUUGGUUUUUCUCCUCCUCCCUUUGAUCUUAUACACACACCCCCCCCGAAUUUUUUAUCUUGCUUUUGGUGUGUGUGUGUGUGUAUUUGCUUGCCCUGCGAGGAAGCCACCCACCGUUCUACCGCAAGGUGCUGUUUUGGGUGUGGACCUGCCCUUCUGCUCCAUCUCUGCCCCAGGUGCUCCAGUCACACCUGAGGCAGUGGCACAGCCAAAAGCAGAGGCUGAGCUAGGAGGCUGAGUCGACUCGGUGACUCAUGGUGAGGCACAGCAACAGGCUUUUCUGUGGCUGGGAACUAAUUCUCUCAGCAAACAGUUCGGUUUUCAAACUAUCCUCCCCAUCUCGGCCUGCAAGCUUAUAUGGGUGCAGAGAUUGGGGAUCGCAGGAGUCAAGAUCUGGAUGGGGGAGGGAGAGAGCAGUUCAUAAGAAGUUGCCUUGCACCAUGUCAAACCAUUGGUUCACCUAGACUCUGGCUGGCAGCAGCACUCCAGGAUUUUAGACAGGAAGUCUUUUCCUCAGCCGUACCUGAGACCUUCUGCAUGCAAAGCCGGUGCUUUACUGCUGAGCUGCAACCCUUUCACUAAACACACCUUGAGGGGCCCCAGUUCUCAGGUGGUUUACCAUUGCCUGGGGUUGUGUAUCUCCCAAAUUCAGUGGGGGGACGGGACUUCUGUAACUGUGGCUUAGCACAAAAAAGAAGCCCCGAACAAAAAAAGCUAGGAUAUCUGGGCAAAAAAGUAGGCCAGCAGCUUUUUGCCUUGAUACGCUAUUUCGUUGUUGCAGGGAUUUUGUUCAGUGUGAAGUAGCAGAACCCAGGCACAGAUUUAGGCCCCUGGUGACAAUGAAGCCAAGAGUCCGGCUGAGGUGAAGGCAAGGGCCUUAGCUCAUCAACAGAGCGUCUCCUUUGUGUGCAGAAGGUCCCGGGUUCAAGCCCGGCAUCUACCAGCGGGGCUUGGAAUGCCCCCUGCCCCGCCUGAAACAUUGGAGAGCUGCUGCCAGUCAGUGUAGACAGCACUGAGGUAAAUGGACCUGACUUGGUCUGACUUGGUAUAAUAUAGCUUCUAUGUGGGGUGUCCCUACGAGAAAAAGUUCCAAAGCUUUUGCAGCUUUUUAGCUCAGAAAAAUGUAAGAAGGGGAAGGUCAAAAAAAUGAUGUUUGAAAAACUGGACAGACAUGCUUUUUUGCUCUCCCUCCACCUUGGAUAUUAGAACUCUUAUGUUGUUGCUUUCUGUUUUGAAUUUCUUCCCACAAGUCAUACCAAAACAAUUUACAGUAUAGUAUCAUACAUAAACCAGUUACAUACAUAAAGGUAAAGGGACCCCUGACCAUUAGGUCCAGUCGUGGCCGACUCUGGGGUUGCAGCGCUCAUCUCGCUUUAUUGGCCGAUGGAGCCAGCGUACAGCUUCCGGGUCAUGUGGCCAGCAUGUGGCGAACCAGAGCAGUGCACGGAAACUCCGUUUACCUUCCCGCCAGAGCGGUACCUAUUUAUCUACUUGCACUGGCGUGCUUUUGAACUGCUAGGUUGGCAGGAGCAGGGACUGAGCAACGGGAGCUCACCCUGUCGCGGGGAUUCGAACCGCCGACCUUCUGAUCGGCAAAUCCUAGGCUCUGUGGUUUAACCCACAGCGCCACCUGCGUCCCUAGUUACAUACAUAAACAGCAGUUGAUUGCAGAUAUAUAAAAAAACAAUUAAAAAUAAAUAUAAACGUGAUACAGCACAUACAUAAAAUCAUUUCAGAUCAGAGACAGAUUCCAACUGUUGCCCCAUCUACUCAGUUGGCAGGAGAUUAAGGGGCUGACCAAAGGAAGUACUAACUCCACACAUUGUGUAUAUAUAUUUGUGGAAUUUGCUGCAUCAGGAUUCCUGGGGUGGCCUCUCGCUUAGACAGCUUUGAAAAGGGAUUAGGGGGAAAAAUGAAUGGGGUUGGGGGGUGAGGAGAGUUCUGUUAAGGGCCAGCAGUUGUGGUCCCUAAGUGGAUCUUCCAUGUCAGGAGCAAAAUUCCUCCGAGUAGCAGUUGCCAGAGAGCAGCCGUGAGAGAGGGCUGUUAGCUUUCUUCCCUCCCAGAGACGCUGUUGCUGUUUUGAUUAUUAACAUUAACUUUACCACCCGCUCUUCACCCCCAGGUCCCAAAGUGGGCUACAACAAUUUAAAAUCCGUAAGUAAAAAUAAAAAAAACACUACAUUCACAAAAACAGGGCGAGGCCUGGAAACAGACAUCCCAGGUGUCAAAGGCCCAGGGCAAAGAGCUGCGUCUUCAGCAUUCGCCAAAAGCUGUACAGGGAAGAAGCCAGGCGCACCUCUGUUGGAAGGGAAUGCCGCAACUUAGGGGCUGCCACAGAGAAGGCCCUGUCCCAGGCGACCCAAACUUCUUAGGGAGGUGGAAUUAUCAGAAGGGCCUAGUCUGCCGAUCUUAACACCCAGGAGAAUCUGUAGGGAAGGAGGCUGUCUCUCAGAUACUUGGGGCCAAAGUCAUGCAGGGCUGUUUAAACACUAGCAUGAGCACCUAGAUCCGGAAAUUGACUGGGGGCUAGUGUUGCUGUUUUAGAACAGGGGUUAUAGCUAAAGGAGCUCCAUCCAGAAACCUGGUCUUCGUUUGGCAGGUCUCUCAAGUUCUGAAUGUGACCUUGUUCGGGAUCUUUUGUCUCUCCCCCCCAGGACUGACUGUGGCCAAAUUGGAUCAGAACUGUGCUCUUUUCCAGUUGCCAACGUUUCUUUCAUCAAGGACAGCCGGGACCGGGUAAGUUUCUGGCUUCACUGGCCAUUGAUGUGUUUGGCACUAAGGCUGACAUGACAGGUUCAUCCGCUGUUGUCUUGAAUCAAACAGUGGAGAUGUGGUCAAGGGAGUUGUGAAGAGCUCAAGCAACAUUUCCCCCCCAUCCCGCAGUCUGGCUAACUUCUUAACUGGAGAUCAGCACCUGAGAAUUGCUGGUUAAAUUGGGAACUUGACAAUUUGAUUUGAUCAGUUAAAUAAUUUCAACAAUUUAUACACUGCUUAAUCCCAGUCAUGACAAUUGCAUAUGGUGCCUUGAGCCCUUUGGAGGGAAGUACAUUUUUUUAAGACUUAUGCGUUCCAUGGUAUAGCAAAAUCCCACAAAUUCCCUUUCCCAGAGCUUGCAAGAAACUGUCUGCUCAGAACCGUUGGUUGGUGAAUAACCCCUGAGCCGGAUAAUGUUUUAACAUUUGUUUAUACUGCUUGCUAUAAUAAAAAAAUCUCAGUCGUUUUCAUUUUAAAAAUAGAAGUAAAAACUGUAAUAUUCAUUGAAGUGUCCUAAAAACUAGAUAAAAAGAGAACAAGGCUAUAUCACAGAUGAGACUGAGCUGUCUACAAAAUGGAGGUGAGACCCUCCUUUUACCAAAAAACUCAUUUCCAAAGCUCUGAAGUGUCUUUCAUCACAGUCCUAAUUAAUUCUUAUUGGGGCACAAGUUCCCUGGGAGCAGAUUCUAAGCUCUGCCAGUGUCCCAGAAGAUGUGCCAGGUUUCUUUUCAGAAGUAAUUUCAUCACCUGCACCCCAGACAAUGGUACUCCUGGAAGGCAUGGGAUAAUUUCUUUCAGCAAACUGUCUCUAGUUUAUAAGUGAACCUUAAUUAUAGCAUGCAGUAGACCUUGGGUGCUUGGGCAGAAAUGCCCAGUUCAGCAUAUUUCGGAAGGGCUUCUAGCUCAGUGGCAGAGCACACACUUAGCUCUCAAAACGUGCCGGGUUCUAGUCCCUGCCGAUUGACAUUAGGCAAAUGCCAUCACUGUCCUCUUUUUGUUUAUUUAUAUUUAAUUUUAUAAUUUUUGUUGAAAAAUGAAAAGUUCAAAAUUACAAGUGUACCGAGUGGACGCAAAAGAAGAAGAAACAAGGAACAGUACCCAUGUGGAAAACAAAAUGGGGGAAAAUCACUGUCCUCUUUUUAGAUGCCGGCUGAAAACUUCCUUCUGUUUCAGUAGGCCUAUCCAGACAUUUAAAUGUCUUAAACAUGUCUUUAUUAUGAACUGUAUUUUUUUAUUAUUAUUAUUAUUAUUAUUAUUAUUAUUAUUAUUAUUACAGAAGAGUUUGCCAUCAUGGGCUCUUCUGUGAGGAAGGCAGGAUAUAUUUAUUUAAUAAGUAAAUAAAAUGGAUUGUGGAUAUAAUGCAAAAGGAUAUAAAUCCAGGUCCAUGGUCCGUGUUCCAGACAAGUUAGGACACUCUUAUUGUUCCCAUUUUACAGAUAAAAAGACUGAGAGAACAGCACCUAGCCAGAAGCCUGAGAUGAGAUCUGGGCCUGGGCCAGAGACUUGUGCUCUUGGCUGCGAUGCUACACCCAUUAUCUGCGGCCUCGCAAUUAAAUCUAUAAAGAAUUAGCGCCCCAUAAAAAUAAGAUUAUACCAGCCCACGGGUGCCUAGCCUAAAAAAGAGAGGAGCGGAUUGAAAUUUUCUCUAAGGCUAUCCUGCCUAGUCAUCGCAAGGAAGCAGAGAAGGUGCAUAGCUCAUUGGCAGACAAUCUGCUUUGCAUGCAAAAGGUCCCCCGUUCAAUCCCUGGCAUCUCCUAGUAGGGCUGAGAUGGGGGCUUCCUGCUCUAAAACCAUGCAGAACUGCUGCCGGUCAGUGUAGACAACACUGCGCUAGAAGGACCAAUGGUCUGACUCGGUCUAAGGCAGCUUUCUAUGUCUGUAUUCCUUUCGAAGGGAAAAGAAGACUGCUGCUGCACUUAAGUUGAGUGCAAAGCCAGCCUUAAUGGUUUUAAGAUGUUAUUUAAUGAAGGACCCUAGAAUUCCACUGAUUAAAUGUGAGGGUGUAAGGGUGUGUCUGUGUGUGUUGAUGUUUCUCUAUCGCCUUCUCUGCCCUCAGGUCCUCAUGUACGGCCAACCGUACCGCAUCUCGCUGGAAUUGGAGCUGCCAGAGUCGCCGGUCAACCAGAACCUGGGGAUGUUCAUGGUGGUCAUUUCGUGUUACACCAAAGGUGGCCAUAUCAUCUCCUCUUCGGCCAGAUCAGUACGUCCAGGGUUUGCGGGGGAACUGCGUGGGUGGAGGGGGAGCGGCUGAGUGGUGGUUUCUCCCCAGUGACCUUUGGCUGGAGUGAUGACAAGAGAACUGGCCUUUUCUGCAGUAUUCCCCCUCCCCGUUAAUGGAACCCCUCUCCCAGGAAGCCUGCCCGGAGCCAGCCUUGCCAUAAUUUCAGCAACGGGCAGGUGUGUUUUUGUUUUCCCAGGCUUUGGGCAGCACCGGUGAUACAUACUUGAGGGUAUAGGUAAAGGUAAAGGUACCCCUGCCCGAACGGGCCAGUCUUGACAGACUCUAGGGUUGUGCGCUCAUCUCACUUAAGAGGCCGGGAGCCAGUGCUGUCUGCAGACACUUCCGGGUCACGUGGCCAGCGUGACGAAGCUGCUCCGGCGAACCGGCACCAGCACACGGAACGCCGUUUACCUUCCCGCUAGAAAGCGGUACCUGUUUAUCUACUUGCACUUAAGGCUGCUUUUGAACUGCUAGGUGUGCAGGAGCUGGGACCGAACAACGGGAGCUCACCCCGCCGCGGGGAUUCGAACCACCGACCAUGCGAUCGGCAAGUCCUAGGCGCUGAGGUUUUACCCACAGCGCCACCCGCGUCCCUUGAGGGUAUAGGGCAGUAUAAAAUUAUUAUUAUUAUUAUAAAUUUAAAGCAUUGCUUUUGUUUUUACUGUUUAUGUACAGAUUUUAUGGUAUUUUUUAGUCUGUUAAUAAUAAUAAUAAUAAUUUUUAUUUAUACCCCGCCCUCCCCAGCCAAGGCCGGGCUCAGGGCGGCUAACAAGCAAUAAUAAAAACAAGUUGAAUGAUUACAACUUAAAAACAAAAUUAAAAUACAACAUUAAAAUAUUGAAACAUUAAAAUAUUAAAAUGCAGCCUCAUCGCAGGAGGAGAAAGGAAAAGAAAAAAGAAAGGGAGGGAGGGAAUCAAAUUGGCUCCAAGCCAAAGGCCAGGCGGAACAACUCUGUCUUACAGGCCCUGCGGAAAGAAAUCAGAUCCUGCAGGGCCCUGGUCUCAUGAGGCAGAGCGUUCCACCAGGCCGGAGCCAGUGUUGAAAAGGCCCUGGCUCUGGUUGAGGCUAAUCUAACCUCCUUAGGCCCGGGACCACUAGGGUGUUGCUAUUUAUGGACCUUGAGGCUCUCCGUGGGGCAUACCAGGUAUCCAUGCGGUCAUGUUACAAUUUGUUGUAAAUUGCUUUGUGCCCUUUUUGGUGCAAAGCAAUGUUCAACUUUAAUAACCCUAAACAUGACACAACCAGCGCUGCAUUUUUGUUUUUAUUUUAGGAACAAACAUACCUGCAUCUAACUAUGUAUGCAAAGAGCUUGGACUGCUGUGUCCAUUCAACCUUAGCUUCUCUCCCCUUCCCCAUGCUGGCUGGGGCUGAUGGGAGUUGUAGUUCAAAACAUCUGGAAAGCUCCAGGUUGUGUUUGUUGGGAGCAAAAUGCUAGACCUGACUGCCUGACCCCUCGCUUCAUGAUUCUUUUUAAAUAUAUAUAUUUUAACUUGAAAAUUUAUAAUAACACAAAGAGAAUAUUCAAGCAAACCAGCAAGGACGAGCCAUGGACAAUAUAAAUUUGACAACAGCAACAAAACAAAAGCCUGCAAGCUGUGUGUGUAUCAACAGUCAAGGAUCAAGUCAAUUGACAAAAGCAUGUUAAAGACCAUACCACCAACCCUCCAGAAAGAAAAACUGAAUAGUAGGUUGCUGAACCGCUCUUGGGCAAGAAUUACUAAAGGGAAUAAAAGGCAGUCAGUCAUCAUAGAAUUUAUCUUUGUUAAACUCGCCCCUUGUUACUUCAGUGUUUCCUUAACUUUCCACACUUUAUCACACCAGCGCUGCAUAUUUUAAUUGACAGCCACUUUACCACAAAAGUGUACAGUUUCUAUUCCAUCAGCCGCCAAAAGAUGAAGGGUCAGUGGUUUAAAUAUUAUAUUGGCUCCUCAAAUCAAUGAGAGUGGAGCCAAUUCUGCCUCUUUCUCACACUUGAUCCUUAAUAAUGUCAGCAAUUCAGUUACAGUGGUACCUCAGGUUAAGUACUUAAUUCGUUCCGGAGGUCCGUUCUUAACCUGAAACUGUUCUUAACCUGAAACACCACUUUAGCUAAUGGGGCCUCCUGCUGCUGCCACGCCGCCGGAGCCUGAUUUCUGUUCUCAUCCUGAAGCAAAGUUCUUAACCUGAAGCACUAUUUCUGGGUUAGCGGAGUCUGUAAGCUGAAGCUUUUGUAACCUGAGGUACCACUGUAUUCUAUUUCAAUGUUAAUAUUAUAUUAAGUAAUGGAAACAAAGCAGCCAAGGUACCACCCUUGAAAAGCCGUCCAGUGAACCUGAUUUACUGGAGCAGCUGGAGAAGGGCUUCUGAAGAUGAGGGAAUAGCACAAUUCAAAGCACAUUUCCGUUGUAUUGGUGAUGGAUCCAGGCCAUCUUCUCACAUACGAACCUCUCCAAAUGUAAGAUCUUUGGAGGGGGCAGGGGGGGGCUGUAAUCUUUAUAGAAAACAACAGCCGAUUGCACAGCACAUGGUCAAUAGCCAAAGUGAAAGGAAAGCUUAUUGAUUCGUUCUCUGUCUCUGCCUGUUUUGUCUCCCAAGAGGCUUCCCCAUCCCUUGGGCCUGUAGUCCCAAGUGCAGAGCUUACACUGCUUGGUUGGCUAUCAUCCAAAAAGCUUUCUUUUCACUUUUGGAACACACUAUCUACAGCUUUUAAGGCAAGAUGGGUAGAUUUUAUGAGGGGCAACAGCUAAGGCUAGAUUAAAAUAUUGCGCCAUGUUGCAAGCAGCCACGCUCAACAACUUUUUUCCCCCACCACUUAAGUCUUGGAAUGUGAAAUAGACUGUGAUGCAGAGGAACCUAUGAAUAUCAUUGGCUAGAUGAGCGCUGGGGACACUGUGGCCUUGCAGAUGUUGUUGGACUCCAGCGCCCAUCACCUCUGUCCAUCGGUCAUGCUGGCUGGGGCUGAUGGGAACUGAAGUCCUGCAGUACUAUUGAACUACAACUCCCACCAUCCCUGAUGGGAGCUGGAAUCCAAUAUCUGGUGGGGCACAAAGUCCCCACUUCUGUACUAAAUAAAAUAAGGUUGCUUGACUUACAUUUUGGGAACAGAGAUUGGAAAUGAGCGUUCUGUAGUGUGGGCAGGUGUCCAUGCGGUCAUUUUUUUAUUUUUAUUUUACCAUUGAACUAUUCCUAGGCUUGGAAGAAGCUGCCAUACCAGGUGGGAUACAAAACCUUUAUAAAAAUCCACCCUGCACCCAUCGUGGUGCACCUCCAGCGCAUUAGCUUUUUUAAAAUAAGAAAAAGAUAGUUGGCAACCUCAGGGGUGUUUAAGGUAAAGGUAAAGGGACCCCUGACCAUUAGGUCCAGUCGCGGACGACUCUGGGGUUGCGGCGCUCAUCUCGCUUUGUAGACUGAGGGAGCCGGUGUUUGUCCGCAGAUAGCUUCCGGGUCAUGUGGCCUGCAUGACUAAUCCACUUCUGGGGAACCAGAGCAGCACAUGGAAACGCCGUUUACCUUCCCACCGGAGCGGUACCUAUUUAUCUACUUGCACUUUGACGUGCUUUCGAACUGCUAGGUUGGCAAGAGCAGGGACCGAGCAACGGGAGCUCACCCCGUCGCGGGGAUUUGAACCGCUGACCUUCUGAUCAGCAAGCCCUAGGCUCUGUGCACCACAGCGCACCCUCUUAAAUGUUGCCCUCUUGUGGGAUACUCCAUUCCAUUCCUCUCCCAACAGCCGGUCAGCAUUCUGUGGCCAUUCUCACUCUUCACUGGGCUGUUUUGGGGGAACUCCCUCCAGUCCCCUCUAAUUUUUCUUUUGCUUUGCACUCCCUUAACGGUGACCCAGUGACCAAGCCUGCGCUCUCCCUCUCUCCUGACUAGGCAAUGCUACACUACCGCUCGAGCCUGCUGCAAAUGCUGGACACCUUUGCCUUUGCCAGCUUGUUCUUGGCUGGUUUCACAGAACAGAAGCAGAUGCUGGACGUGGAGCUGUACUCAGACUACAAGGAAGACUCGGUGAGGGGAUGGCAUUGGUCUUCUCCUUGAUUUCCUGCUUCCUCUAGGGAAGACUGUCACUUCCUGUUUCCCAUCUCCUGGCCAGUCCUUCAUACCUGACAAUAUUUUUCUCCCACCACCUGCUGGGGUAGUUUGCCAACCUUUGGUCCCCACCCUGCACUCAGCUCUCACACUGUGGCUCCUACAAGCUGGCAUCCUUGCUCUGGGUUAGUUACCGUAUUUUUCGCUUUAUAGGACGCACUUUUCCCCCUCCAAAAAUUAAGGGGAAAUGUGUGUGCGUCCUAUGGAGCGAAUGCAGGCUCCUUGGCUUCAGUGAUAGCAACGUGAAGCCUCCGAAGCGCAGAGGGAGAGCUCCCCCCGCGCUCCGGAGGCUUUGCGUUGCUUUCGCUGAAGCCUGGAGAGCGAGAGGGGUCAGUGCGCACCAACCCCUCUCGCUCUCCAGGCUUCAGGCAUAGCCACCUGAAGCCUUUGGAGCGCAGCGGGACCUCGCGUUGCGCUCCAAAGGCUUCGGGUUCCUUUCGCUGAAGCCGGGAGAGCAAGACUCUCCUGGCUUCAGCAGAGAGUGAGAGCUGCUUAGCGCCCCUUCAGUGAAGCGGGAGAAGAAAUGGAAGGGGCUCCGUUUCUCCUGCCGCUUCGCUGAAGGGGCGCUGAGCAGAGAGGGGGGGAAAUUUUUUUCCCCUGUUCUCCCCCUCCUAUGGUCCGGUGCGUCCUAUAGAGCGAAAAAUACGGUAGAUCUCACACGAUCUUGUGGAAUAAUCUGACUUCCUGUGAGAAUUUGCUAGUGCAUCCCCACAAGUUAAUUGCACAAGUUAAAUGCAUAUAAGACCUUCCUUGGGGAGGGAGGGAUGAUCUCUUUGCAUUUUGGGUAGGCACAGGUCUUUGCUGUUACACUGACACACAAAAGAUGAAUCUGUGACCUUGGCUUCUCUUUCUGCUUGUAGUACACACCAACAGUCGGUGCCGUGAUUGAAAUCCAGACCACAAAGAUCCAGAUUUAUGGCGCUCAGCUGCGCAUUCAUGCCCAUUUCACUGGACUGCGGUGAGGACUGUUGUUUAUUAUCUAUAUUAGCGUUUUGUAGAUUUCUUCAACAUGUAAAAAUACAAUGGACUUGAAGUAGAAGUCAUUCACAGUUCUACUGCAAGGCAAAGGUGAUUCACAGUUCAUUUCACUCGGCAAUUGUGGUAACUCCUUCCUUGAGUAGUAUGGAAAGUUUUGAACUAAUUCAGUGAACUUCAUUAAGCCAAACUAGUUCAUUCUAAGCACGGAGAAAAAAGGACAGGCUUGUUUGGGCCUCUGUCCACAGCACACUCCUGGGAGCAAAUUGCAGAAGGGACAGUUGCAAAAUCAAUUUUUAAAAACCACAGAAAAACUAUUUUUUUUAAAUGUAUUUAUACGUCAGCCUUUUCCCUACUUGGAAUUAAUGGCCAUUUACAGCAUUUAAAAACAACCGUAUAAAAUACAAAGCAAUACAAACAACACUAGAUAAAAAUGAUAAUUAAAAUAUAUCAGAGCACAGGUGGAACCAGCAAUUGAAACCCAGUUUGCCCUGACAGCAGCCCAGUGACUGACACCUGCUUCUUGGUUUCCAAAGGCCUGUGUUGAAUGGGAAGGAUAAAAGAGAGGGAAUCAGUCUAGCCUCUCUUGCGGGGGGAAUUCCACAAUGUGAACAAUGCACCUCUUAACACCUUCCCCUUCCUUUCUGCUCUUGUCUCCCAUAGAUAUCUGCUCUACAACUUCCCGGUGACGUCCGCCAUCUUGGGUGUGGCCAGCAACUUCACCUUCCUGAGCGUCAUCGUCCUCUUCAGCUACUUGCAGUGGAUCUGGGGCAGCGUGUGGCCCAGAGAGUCCUUAUCGAUGCAGGUGAGAGACGGUGCCAAGGAUUGGGGGUGAACUGCAUUUUGUAACUUGUCACGGUCCUGGUUGCUUGGCCCAAAAGGAGACAUGGUUGGAGCAAGCCCACCUCACCUUUUCUUAAGUCAUACAAAUGAACCACUAUUGCCACAUAUUGCUUAAUAUACCAACCUGUACUACUACUACUACUACUACUACUACUACUACUAUUAAUUUAUUACUUAUACCCCGCCCAUCUGGCCGGGCCACCCCAGCCACUCUGGGCAGCUCCCAACAGAAUACAGUUGUACCUCGGUUUACAAACUUAAUCCAUUCUGAAAGUCCGUUCUUAAACUGAAACCAUUCUUAAACUGAGGUGCGCUUUCCCUAAUGAGGCCUCCUGCCGCCGGUGUCCUUCCACCAUUCGGAUUCCGUUCUUAGACUGAGGUAAAGUUUGCAAACUGGGACACUACUUCCGGUUUUGCGGAGUUCGUUAACCGAAUCGUUCGUAAACAGGGCUGUUCUUAAACCGAGGUACCACUGUAUUAAAAACACGAUAAAACAUCAAACAUUAGAAACUUCCCUGAAGUGGUUUAUCUCCUUGACAUCUGAUGGGAGGGCGUUCCACAGGGCGGGUGCCACUACCAAGAAGGCCCUCUGCCUGGCUCCUUGUAACUUCACUUCUCGCGGUGAGGGAACCACCAGAAGAUCCUUGGAGCCGGACCUCAGGCUGAAUGAUGGGAGUAGAGAUUGCUUAAUAUACCAACCUGUACAAAUAUAACCAGCACAGUAUACACUUCCUUCCACCCCUCAGCUGAGUCUCAGUAAAAGAAAUCUAAAACUUGGGAGUGUUCAGUUGCCAACAAAAUUCUGAUUUCCGUCCUGUCUUUUUUCUCUCUUCCCCACCCCAUCCCCGGGUAGUUAUCUGGCCGGGAAAGAUCCGGAAUGCUUCAACAUUCAGAAGACGUCCGCCGACGGAUUGUGGUCCCUAAAGAAGGUACCGUGGAAUUGGGAGUCAAUUUCUUUUAGGUCUGUUUUGGUGGCACCUUCCCAGGUAUGGAGCUUUCCCUUAUCCAGUUGUUGCUGGACUCCCAACUCCAUCCGCCCCAGGCAGAAUGGCCUAAUGGUCAGAGAUCACAGGAGUUGUAGUCCGGCAACAUCUAGAGGCCCCUGCACCGGCUACUCCUGUCUUAGGCCACAUUCACACCAUAUAUUUAAAGCUCUAUGGUAUCACUUUAAAUAGUCAUGGCUUCCCCCAGAGAAUUAUGGGAGCUGCAGUUUAAGGGUGCUGAAAGUUGUUAAGAGAGUUUUGUUUUCCCCACAGAGCAACUAUUCCCCCAGUGGUUCAACCGUCAACCCCUCUUCACAGGGAACUCUGGGAAUUGUAGCUCUGUGAGGGGAAUAGGUGUCUCCUAACAACUCUCAGCACCUUUAACAAACUACAGUUCCCAGAAUUAUUUGGGGGAAGCCACCCACCAGUGUUUAAAGUGAUAUCAUAGUGCUUUGAACGUAUGAGAAUCAUCAGCUGCUGAUGUUUUCACGUUCUUCUGUUUUCUGGUGAAGACUUUUUGUUUUCCCCUCUCUGAAAUUUAUUUUUGCUUUCACACUUCAUUAAACAGAACAAAGCAAACUUCAGCGAGUGCAUUGCAAAUUUCAGAGUACAACGAAUCUUCGUUUCCUUUCAACUAUAUAUAUAUAUAUAUAGCAGCUGAGUCCAGCGUUCCUCACAUUUGGUUUAUUCAUUAGAAUGACACCUCUCUCUCAAAAGAACUUUGGGAUGUUGGCAUUCUAAAAAUCGCCCUUCUUUUCAGUGCCAUUUUAAUAACUCUUUAGCAUCUUGUAUAUUAACAUUUCAGGCUCUUUUUUAUGGCAUUUGGGAUAUGUCUGCCCUUUACAAAGUUGUUUGUUUUUUUUAAAUUAUCUGGGGUUGGGCUGUGGCAUCAUGCCUGCUGUUUGUUUAAAUCUCUGCUCUGGUUCUUGCCUUGUGUUUUUGUUGGAUUUUAGAGAGGGUUUUAGUUUUGUUUUGGCAUAGCAUGGAUUUUGUUUCAAAAUUGUUUUGACUUCCUUAUGUGGGCAUCUGCCCUGAGGACUGCAGGGAAAGUGAUAAAUAAAAGGGGCUAAGUUCUGAGCUUUACCUGAGGGUGCAAGGCUGCAGGGCCCAGGUUAGUAAUGGUUGAAAACCCAUUAUCUCCUCUUAUUAUUAAUUUGUUUAGCAGCAUUUUUUCAAAACAGAAGUCAAAACAGCCACUGGCAUUUCAGGGUAGCGCUCGACAAAGCGUUGGGUUGCAUCCAGCUGACGUUCUACUCAAAAGUAGACCCACUGAAAUGAAUGCGCCCAAAGUUGGCCAUGUCCAUUGAUUUCACUGGGACUGGUCAGAACAGGACUAACACUGGAUAUGACCCACCAUUCCUGGCAAGAUUGAAAUGGUUAGCUGUGAGGCUAUGCGACUGUUUUUCAGGUAAUAAUAAUAAUAAUAAUAAUUUAUUAUUUAUACCCCACCCAUCUGGCUGAGUUUCCCCAGCCACUCUGGGCUGCUUCCAAUCAAGUGUUAAAAACAAUACAGCAUUAAAUAUUAAAAACUUCCCUAAACAGGUACUCUUUUUAAAUGUUUUAAAUGUGUUUUUAUUUCAUUUCUAAUUGUUUCACUACUUUGCUUGCUCACCAGGGUUCCUCUUUGGGAGGAAGGGCAGGAUAGAAGUUUGAGCAAAAGCAGCGGUAACAAUACAACAAAUAAAAUUAUUUUGAACUCUUUUUUUGGUUGCCUUUCUUCUGCAGGCUCUGAGGAAAUAGAGGCUGCCUCACGUCAACCAGAGGAUGUGGGGGCUGAUGAAGAGGAGGACGAAUUGUCAAGAGCAGGUCUGCACUUUUUUUAGAUGCUCUUUCGCCUUUUGGACAAUCCCUUUAAAUAUAUAUACAGUUGCUCUUCUGGAUCAGACCAAAGGGCUAGAUGGAUUAGGAGUUUGUUGCCCACAGUGGCUGGCCAGCUGUCUUGGAGGGGCUAACUUGCUGCUUUCCCCCACUUCCCUUCUAAUGCCCACUGCCUUGAACUCCAAGGUGGUUUUGCUUGGCUGCUGGAAUGUGUCUUUGAACUCUAAUGACGCCUCUCACUUGCCCGGUUGGAAUCUAUACAGUCAUACCUCGGGUUGAAGUUGCUUCAGGUUGAACACUUUCGGGUUGCGCUCCGCGGCGACCCGGAAGUAACGGAAUGCGUUACUUCCGGGUUUUGCCGCUCACGCAUGCGCAGAUGGUCAAAUUGAUGUCACGCACGUGUGCGGAAGCGGCGAAUCGUGACCCGCGCAUGCACAGAUACGGGUUGCGUACGCUUUAGGAUGCGAACGGGGCUCCAGAACGGAUCGUGUUCGUAUGCAGAGGUACCACUGUACAGUCGUAUAUCCAUUUGACUUCCGAAACGUUCGACUUCCAAAGCACGGCUUCUGAUUGGCUGCUGAAAGCUCCUGCAGCCAAUUGGAAGCCCCGUCGGACAUUUGGCUUCCAAAAGAACAUUCAAAAACCGGAGCAAUCGCUUCCAGUUUUCGAUUGUUCAGGAGCCGGAACGUUUGACUCCCAAGGCAUUCGGGAGCCGAGGUACGACUGUACAGGGAACCGGGCCUGUGCAGAGUGGGGGGCAGCUGUACACUUGCUCCGGGCCUUAGAGGGCUAAGCUGGGCAGGGGGGCCUCUAGGGGCCUGCCAGACUUUACGUUGUCAUGCCAAGAAUGCCAUGGGCCUCUCAGCAGACUGGGGACUUCCGUCCCGGGCCUCAGACAAGCUCUGCACAGGCCUGCAGGGAAUGCUGGUGAUUUAAUGGGAUGGAAUGGAGUAAUCGGGAAAGAGGCUAGCUAGAUCCUUGAACAGGAACAUUGCAAUAUUUUUUGUUUCCGGCUCCACUCAUCUAAUUCUCGUUUUCAAACCCGUGUGCUUAUGAUGCUGUACAUGGUCUAAAGGUAGAUAAAAAUGACCUUUUUAAAAAAAGAAAGAAAGAAAGAAAAUAUUUAUUUGAUCAAAAAGAUAUAAUUGAUUAGCAAAUAAAGAUAAAACAAUGUGGUUGUUUGAAAUUAAACACACACAAAGCAAUAAACAAUUAAGGAUACUAGAGGACAAACAAAAUAAUUCCUUUUCAACUAAUGACAACUACUGGUAAUUAUUUUGUUAGGAUAGCAGUGUUCAAAUGCCUCUGGCAAAAUAUGCUAUUACUCAGAAUUUGUUUCAGUUUCAGGUGUGAAUUAUGGUAAGACCUUGAGGACAACAUCUUGAUAUUUAUUUUUUUAAAACAUGUUAUUAUUAUUUUUUAAAAGUGCAUGUUACUACACGUCCAGUAUCAAUUAUAACGAUCAUACUUUUUCUCACGGAUUGUGAACGCAACAGUUGACAUCUGCUUAAACCACACUUUCUUCCAAGUAGUUUCACAUACACCCACACCCCCUCCCAAUGCAUGGUGAAAUCUCGCUUAGUAAUUAAUUCAGUAUAUUUAUUAGUGGCAUUAUUUGUAUUCAGGUGCCUCAAAGCAAUUUGCACGCACACAAUGAAAUAACAUUAAAAUCAGAUAAAAACAGCAGCAAACUGUUUAAGAUACUCAUCUGAAAAUAUAUUUUAAAGGGACAAGCCCUACCCACCCCACUGAGUUGGCGAGAUGUGGCUACUCUCUGUUCCCUUCCAUGCAUGAUGUAUGUCAUUAUGACAUUAACGUUCUUCAGAAAUUAACCUCUGGACCAAUUUCUCAACAUAACUUGUAUCUGGAUCUUGUUUUCACCCCAUCUGGACAGGCACUGCGCCAGCUGCCUUAAGAUUUCGUAAUUAUAUACAACAUGAAAUGGCCCUGUCUUUGGUUUUUAUCUUGAACCCACUGAAAAUAAAUUGGGUAAUCUUGUAUUGUAGUGUGUGAAGGGCGAAACCUCCUCUCCUGCAGCCCAUCCCUGGGUCUCUGUUCAAAGUUCAUGGUUUUAAAAGCCUUGGACGUGCCCCUUCACCUGCUGGCAAGUUGCAAGGUCCCAGUUGUGUAAGCUGUCCAUACACACACACGCAGAGUGAGAGUUGUCUUUCUUUGUACCUUCUUCAGCUUUAUGAUAUCCAGAGCCAAAUCUUAAAACCCUUUUUAAAAAUAGGUUUUUGUUAGCUUUUUGCACAAAAUUUGACAUUGUUAAUUUCACUGUCAGUUUAAUAAUUUCUUACGUUUGGACUUCCUGUCCUUACAUCCAUAAUGUCCCUGUUGCGUUCCUUUUAUCUGCUGCCAUAACUGCCAUUUAUUUUCUGUUGUAUGACAACUCAUUUAUUCUAAAUAAUUUUAAAUUUCAAAUUUGAACUAAAUUUUAAAUUCCGGUCUGUUUGCUAUAAUGCAGGGACAGGGAAUCAUUUUUUGUCCCCAGAGCCGCAUUGCCUUCUGGGAGCUACAUGGCAGUGGUGGGAGGGGCAGCAAAUUUAAAUGUUCACCUUUGUGCGGUGGGCUGGUUUCUAUAUGCAUUCAUGCAACCCCCCUCUAUCUCCAUCUGGACAAGCAAGAGGCAUUACUGGAGUUCAAGGACCCGUUCCAGACAGGCAGAAAAUACUGAAGGAGGGUGCGAAGUGAGGCUGGCAAGGCAGGUGGCCUCAGGAUUGUGGCCUGAGGCUCCCCACCUCUUCUGUACAGUGGUACCUCGGGUUAAGGACAAUUCGUUCCGGAGGUCCAUUCUUAACCUGAAACUGUUCUUAACCUGAAGCACCACUUUAGCUGAUGGGGCCUCCCACUGCUGCUUCGCCGCCGUAGCACAAUUUCUGUUCUCCUCCUGAAGCAAAGUUCUUAACCUGAGGUAAUAUUUCUGGGUUAGCGGAGUCUGUAACCUGAAGCUUAGGUAACCUGAAGUGUAUGUAGCCUGAGGUACCACUGUAAUGGGUUGAAUGAGGGCCAAUAAGCCAAGAUUUGAUACUCCGCUCUACAGAAUUCCCUGCGGGUUGUUGGUUCUCAUGUCUAGGCAUGAGGCAAACAACUUACUCUUUUAAAUGAAUUGUGUCACCCUGUUCUUGGAGUCAAAUGGUACAGGUCAGGUUGUAAAUAAUGAUUUUAAAAAUCUAAAGGUGCUGAAAAAGAUGACAAAGGAGGUGACAAAAAAAAUGUCUCUGGGGAAGGGCCAGAACAUUUGUUCUGCUUGCAGAAGAUCCCAGCUUCAAUGCCUGGCAUCUUAGCCAUAGCUCAGCUGGUUACAGCAUGGUCUGAUGACACCGAGGUUAUAAUAAUAAUAAUAAUAAUAAUAAUAAUUUAUUAUUUAUACCCCGCCCAUCUGGCUGGGUUUCCCACAAAACACUAAAAUACAAUAACCUAUUAAACAUUAAAAGCUUCCCUAAACAGGGCUGCCUUCAGAUGUCUUCUAAAAGUUUGGUAGUUAUUUUUCUCCUUGACAUCUGAUGGGAGGGAGUUCCACAGGGCGGGUGCCACUACCGAUAAGACCCUCUGCCUGGUUCCCUGUAACUGGGCUUCUCGCAGCGAGGGAACCGCCAGAAGGCCCUCGGCGCUGGACCUCAGUGUCCGGGCAGAACGAUGGGGGUGGAGACACGGUUUGCGGGUUCGAUCCCCGUCUGGGACAGCUGCGUAUUCCUGCAUUGCAGGCGGUUGGACUAGAUGAUCCUCAGGGUCCCUUCCAACUCUGAUUCUAUGAUCUCCAGACAGGCUGGGAACGACUCCCUUUCUGAAAGCAGCCCUGGGGAGCCCCUGCCAGUCAGUGUAGACGGUGCUGAGCAAGAUGGACCAGUAGACCCACUCUGUGUUGGGCAGGUUUUCUAUGAGGGCGUUCCACGAAUGGGGUAUUCUGCCAUGAUUUCCAUGCCAUCUUAGACACUCCCUCUUUUCAACACACGAUUUCCAGCCUACAGGCCUGGCUUGAUUUUCUUCCUCUUGCUUCUGCAACAGUUGCUGAGAUGCAGGCCCAAAAGAGCAAUCUGGAGAAACCUGAUUCUGGGACAAGGUCCAGUCUGGACAAUGGGAUGAGCGAAGGUAGGUGGCAUGUCCUGGUCCUCACCUGAGUUUCCUCCACCCCCCUCCUGGAUCCAUGUUUUGCAUGCAGUGUAUAACAAUAAACAAGGAGACUGCAGAGCUAAAGGGACACACACAUAUCUACUUAUGCAUGCUUUCUUGGGUGGGGAAGUGUGUAAAUAAACCUCUUAACUGUUGUUAAGGUGGCAUAUAGCCUGCUAUACAAAGGUAAGCAUAGCAUAAGACUCUCCUUCCUUGGAGGUUUUUAAGCAGAGGUUGGAUGGCUUAAGGCAGGGGUCAACAAACUUUUUCAGCAGGGGGCCGGUUCACUGUCCCUCAGACCUUGUGGGGGGCCGGACCAUAUUUUUUGGGGGGAAAUGAACGAAUUCCUAUGUCCCACAAAUAACCCAGAGAUUACAUUUACUCAUGUAAAAACACGCUGAUUCCUGGACCGUCCACAGGCUGGAUUUAGAAGGCGAUUGGGCCGGAGUCUGCAGUAGGGCUGAGCGAUAGCUGGUUUUCAACAUCGUGGUAUAUCACCAGCUAAACAUCGCAAUAUACUGAUACAUCACAAUGUCUGAAAUAAGGAUGGAGCUACAUGGGGGCACUGGCAACUUCACAGUUUUUCUUCCAUUAUGAUUUUUGCCGGUACCUGCUCCUCUGAUUUGCUGCCCCCUGCAGGAGAGAGCUGAGCCUGCAGAGUUAACAUAGGCUGGGUUCACGGUUUUUCACACAUUGUGAUUUUUGCAUAGCAAAUUCACGAUUCACGAUAUAUUGUCAGGUCAAAAAUUAUGAAACCAAUAUAACGAUACGGACUUUCAAACCAGUUUUGUAUAGCGAUAUAUCACCUGGCCCUAGUCUGCAGCAUCUGUUUAAGGUCACAACCGGAAAAUUUCACGGGGGCAGUGGUGCCAGUGGUUCUUUUAUAUUGUCUUGCAGAGCAGUCCUAAGGUGGAAAAGAGUCCUAGAAAUGCUGUUGAUAUUGAUUUCAUUCUAAUCAUGUUGCUUUUAAAAUUAUUCUUAUAUUGUUAUUACUAGUAUUAGUGUUAUUAAUACCAAUAAGAUUAAAAAUUAAUGCUGCGGUGUUACAUUUAGAUUAAGUUAACAGUCAAUAGCUGAAACUGAGCUGUGAGCCCCAAAAGCAUGCCUCCCGCCCUCCUGUUUGAAAUGCCUGGAUAACAGAGGUGUCUCUCCAACAUGUGAAUACUGAUUUAUCUCCCAUUUGCUUAUUCAUUCGCAGAGACGGAAUUUGAGUCUGUGGACAAUUCCACGCUGCUUGCUGAGGCCAACUUCCCAGCCCCUUCCCGGGAGGGGGACCCCUCAAGCCUGCUGCCCCCGGGGGCCAGGACCCUCACGCCAGGCUCAGAGAUCCGGCAGAGAAGUACUUGCUCCAGUUCCUGAAAAGGGGGCGGUCGGGUUUGUUUGCGGCCGGACGAGCCCCUCCUCAGCCUUUUGCACUGCUCCCAAUAGCUUGCACCCACCACAGGCCUUGCUCUCCAAAGGGAGCCUCUGCUCCCAGCUUGUGUUUACAUUCCAGCUCCUUUUUCUCUCCCCCACCCCCUACUCCUCACCCAGAGACACUGUAACUUAAAAUAAAGAUUUACCUGCUAACGAAUUA